AUGGCCAAGGUCUUCGAUUAUGCCGAGGUCGCGCAGCACAAUACUGCAGAAAGCUGCUGGGUAGUUCUCUACGGAAAUGUCUACGAUGUCACGCGCUUCCUGCCCAAGCACCCUGGUGGUUCGAAAGUCAUCCUCCAACUCGCCGGCACCGAUGCGACCGAAGAAUACGAUCCCAUCCACCCUCCGGGCAUUCUCGAAGAAAACCUCGAAGCGUCGGACAAGCUUGGUACCAUAAACCCAGAUACCCUACCAAAAGAUGAGAAGACACCACAAGAGACGGGCGAGACACAAGAUGAAGGGCCCGUGGACCUGGACAGCAUACUAAACAUUGACGAGAUUGAACAAGUCGCUACAAAGCAAAUACCGUACAAAGCAUGGGCAUACUACUUCUCCGCGAGCGACGACCUCCAAAGUAAAUCCUUCAACAACAGCGUAUACCGCACCAUCCUCCUCCGGCCCCGUGUCUUCGUCGACUGCACCCGCUGCGACACCUCAACCACCUUCCUCAGCCACCCAGUCAAGCUCCCCAUCUACGUCUCGCCAGCCGCCAUGGCGCGACUCGCCAACGCCGACGGCGAAUGGGGCAUCGCACAAGCGUGCUCCCAAUACGGCGCCAUGCAAAUAAUCUCGCAAAACGCAUCCAUGACGCCCGAGCAAAUCGUCGCAGACGCUACCCCGGGCCAGGUGUUUGGCUGGCAACUCUACGUGCAAAACGAGCGGGCUAAAAGCGAAGCCAUGCUCGCCCGCAUGAAUAAAUUAGAGUGUAUAAAAUUCAUCUGUCUCACGCUUGAUGCGCCGGUGCCGGGGAAACGCGAACACGACGAACGCAGUAAGAAUAUCGGGUCUAACUUACCCGUCCGCGCCGCGGUGCAAGAAUCGCAAUCGGUUAGUAAAACUAGCAUGUCGGCACAGACACCAUCCUCAGACGCAGAUGUAAACGGGAAGCCGAAACCGAAAUCAAUGGGUGUAGGCCAAUCCCUCUUCUGGGGCACAGCCGCGGAUUUAACUUGGCGUACAACUCUCCCCUGGCUCCGCGAACACACUCAUCUCCCUAUUGUCCUCAAGGGCAUUCAAACACAUGAAGAUGCUUAUCUGGCUUCGCUGCACGCUCCGCAUGUUAAGGCGAUUAUCCUGUCGAACCACGGGGGAAGGGCGCUGGAUACCGCUCCACCCGCUGUACAUACACUGCUGGAGAUACGCAAGUAUUGUCCCGAAGUCUUUGAUCGCGUCGAGGUGUGGGUUGAUGGUGGAAUCAAGCGCGGUACAGAUGUUGUCAAGGCACUUUGUUUGGGGGCGAGGGGUGUGGGUGUGGGUAGAGCGGCGCUAUUUGGGUUGGGUGCUGGUGGGAAGGAAGGGGUGGCGAGGGUGCUUGAGAUUCUUAAAGCGGAAACGGAAACCUGUAUGCGUCUUCUUGGCGUCGAGAGGGUCGAUCAGUUGGGUAUGCAGUAUAUCAAUACUCGCGCUGUUGAACGCGAUAUCUGGGAUGGACCGGCGCUGGAGAGGGCGGUUGUCAAGGCUAGGCUUUAG